CAGAAACUGACCCACCCACACGACAUCUUGCCAUCUCGAAUGCUGCGCCUGCUCAUCACGCUCGUCGCGGCUGCGGCGGUGGCCACGGUUGCUGAGAACACAUGGAAGAUGACCCCCGUGCGAUCUAUCCAGGCUCGUGUUCAGUCGGACCCACCCGUGUGGGAUGCUGAAAACAACGUGUGGGUCGCCGUCUUCAAGACGGGCACCAACACGUUCACCGAAAAGUACGUUGCAUCACUGGACACGGUCAACACGGCCACCGUUGAAGGCGCGCUCAUGUAUGUCCAGUCCGAGGGCAUUGACCAGGCAAUCGUCCCUGGGUGCGCAAGAAAGAGCAACAUGAGCUACGUGUGGUUCUACGAUAUCACAAUCGUCCAGCCAACGUAUGGCAUUGCCGAAUACGGGUCCAACACGGCGAUUUACCCAGAGUACUGCCAGUUUGUUGCGAUGGACAAUGGAAUGUGCACCCCAACUGCUGGAACAACGUUGCCCAAGGAGUGCUUGCAGUACUUUGGAGGCAACGGACAGCCCAAGAUUGGCCCUUGCGUUGGUGGCGAGAACCGACUGGAUAACCCUAAGGCUCCGUACGACAACAACGUGUGGUUUUCUUUCCCGAAUUCCUGCUUCACCAAGCCGUUUGGAGGCAAGACCGACGUGUGCCGUGAGCAGCAGAAGGGUGGAUUGUGCCCCUUCGGCGUCGCCCCAGAUGGAGAUACGUGCACUUUCUCAUACAAGUUGCUUGGGUUCGUCAGUAUUGACGACCUCGUCGGCAUCACGAGCAUGACGUCGUCGUCUGGCGAAAAGUACCCGAACCGGUAUGCGUUCUGCCAAGAUGGGGGCAUCGAGUACAGCUCCCAAACUGGACAGAGCCUGCCCUUCUGGGAAAACCCGACCGACCGAGCGGCUAACACUGCCCGCAGCGAAAAGAUGAUUCAAUUCUACAACACUCAACUCAAGGACCCAGUCAAAGGCGCCAACAUGAAACCAUUCCCUGCGGUGUCGACCCUCGUCGCCACGAACCCUCCGUGCUACGUCAACAGUCCACUUUGCUCGGCGGCAAAAUACGGCUGUCGCCGAAAGCUCCUUGCCCAGCUGUGCGAAGUCUGUUCGGCUGAAGCCAGCGACUGCGUCAAGCGUCCAGCGGGCACUCCGUCGUUUCCGACGCUUCAAAAAGCAUCACGGUCCGCCACUGGCGGUAGUGAAGGAGACUCCAACGCAAACGGAGUUGACUCGUACAAAGUUGCGUCUUCCGCUCUGCAUGUUGCGGUGGCGGCCCUGGCGCUUGCCAUCCUGGUGUAGACCUGCGACUUGGCCAUGUCAUCGCCGACGUCAUGAUGGGCUGUACUUUACCGUGUCGGUGGCAUACAUGCCGUCUUGACUGGGAAAGGUUGGUAGUCUUGUGAGUUUUGCAUUUAACAAGAUCAAGUGUUACGUUGCAUCGUCGGUUUAGAGGACGACGUGUUGAGAACUACGAAUUCG